UUCUCUGAUGACAUCUACUAUUACUCCUGAAAAUGAAGAAUCUGUACAAAAAUUGUUUCAGGCUGCCUCUCUUGAAAAUAAAUUAGUCUGUGGAUUGAAUCAGUGUGUAAAGGCUCUUCAAGACUUUGAAGCUCCAGAAUUAUGCUUUCUUGCAGCAGAUUGUGACAAACCAGAAUAUGUUAAACUGAUCCAAGCAUUUUGCAAAACAAAGAAUGUCGAUCUUCUAACAUUUCCACAAAGAGCGAAGCUUGGUCAAUUUUGUGGACUAUUUAGAAUGGAUAGGGAUGGGGAAAUUAUUCACUCUGUUGGUUGUAGUUGUGCUCUUAUUAAGGUUUUAUAUUUAGUAAUAUAUUAGUCCGGCUUUGCUGAUUCUGGGGAUUUCUUGAAGCUGAAAUCACUUGUUAAUAAAUAAUUUGUUCUGAUUUUCUGA